AGGUGUAAAAAAAUGUAAACCUUAACUACACCAAUUAUUUGUAACGCAUUGAUUUUAUUUUUGUUUUAUUCGUAAAUAUUACAGUUACUGACCGUAAUGCAAAAAUAAACAAAUACCUACAGAAUUAUAUGUGUAUGUUAAAAUAUUUAAAUUGGAACAUCUUAAUAGUUGUGGUAAUUAUAUUAUCGAAUGGUUUAGAAUUAUGUAAUGCAAAACCAACGCAAAUUGAUGAAAAUAAUGAUACAACAUUAGAUUUAAAUAGUGAAGAUACAUUAAGAAAAUUAGAAGCAUUAAUUGAAACAGUAAGGAAAAUUAGAGCAGAUGGUGGUGCUACUAUUGACAUAUUUGAAAGUUCAACAAAUCAAGCAAGUGAAAUUGUAACUGUUACACCAAUACAAGAAUCUUCCACGGCUGAUGCAACAACAACACAAGCGCCUACAACAAGAAUAACAACAACAACAACAGAAGAAACAAAUCUUGCAGAUUUAGAAAGCUCAUUUGGUGGCUUAGGAAAUGUUAGAGAAAUUAAAAAACCAGAAAAAGUUAAUGGUUUUUAUUUCUUGGCCGACGUUAAUUCAUUUUUAGAAGUAGGUGAUGGUGAUGAAAAAGUUGUUAUUAGAUAUAAUCCAAAAAUUGGAAAUCCAAGUAAUUUUAUACCAAUACCAGGAACAAGAACUUAAAAAAUUAUUUAUAUACCAUCAUGUAAUUUAGUUAAUAUACAAUAUAUUGUAUAUAAAUUUGUACAUUUUGUAUAUAAUUUAAAUUAUAAUAUUUUAAUAAGGUUUAUACGGACUAAUUAUAUAUGUAAAAUUCCCAAUUUUGUGUUUGUAAAUUAAAUUAUUU